CCCAAAUUCUCAGCACAUUGCUUUAUACUCAUUUAUAGUUCUUUGUGCUAUUUUUCUCAGUAUAAACAGGACCACCUUUCCCCAUCAAAAUACAUAUUCCCCCGUUAUUUUUGGUUUGAAUCAGAAUUCAGAAGUUUCAUAAUUCCAGUGCCAGCUCAUUUGCUUCAAGAACAGAAUAAACUCUUGUUAAUUUGGGUUUUCCGCGGAGAAGAUGACCUCAAUUGUGUACGCCAUUGCUUUGGGUUGGACUAUCGAAGCGGUCGCAAGCUCAAAAAACGUCGCCGUUUCGGUUCUGCACGAUUUGAUCGCCACAAUCCCGCCAAACUUACCCGCCAAAUUGCGACGGAGCAUCACCGAAAGAGUCGCUCUGCGGUGCUUGGAGGACGUAUUCGCCACUCACGGUGCUCGUCCGGUCCGGCGGUCCAAUCUCAGCUUGGAUUUCUCGGAGAGUUGCGAGGAGGUGCUCAGACGCAUCGUGAAUGAGUCAGCAGAAAGUGAUGUGAAAAUGGGAGGAGGAGGGAGGUGGGAAUGUAAUAUUGAGCAGUUUAUUAAGCAGAAAAGAGCUUCGAUGCCGAAAUGUGCUUUGCAAAAGCUUAAAGAGUCGAUUGUUGAUGGUACUCAUCGACAUGCUGAGUUGUUUAGAAGAAAGAGUGGAUUAGCAUCUGUUAAGGUUGAUGGGAGUGAUGGUAAUUUGCGGUUUAUUGGUGGCAUAAAUGAACCAAAUGUCAGCAUUAGAGAAAUUGGGAAUGAUAGAAGUGCGUUGCCUCGCAAGAGGGUUAGGAUUGAAGUAAAAACUGAAAAAGUUGCGGAUGAGGAAUGUGAGGAUGAUGGUUUUGGUGUAAAUGCCAAGAAGACGAAGAGGGAUGCCUCUUGUGUUUCGCCACCUGCAGCAGAGAACCGAGUUCCUUUAGCGGGAAAACAAACGUUGGAAUGCUUGUUGGAAAGGGAUGUUCCAGUUUCCGAGGGAGAAAGGUGUGUGUUGUCAGAAUUUCGGAUGGAGAUGAGGGAAGAGAGGUUGGCAGAAGAUCUUUGUGUUGCUCCUUCACAUGAAGCACAUCAUGAGGUUUCUGUUAAAGACUCCGGUUGUAACAUUGAGCACGAGUUUCAUGUUGAAGUAUCCGGCCCUGUACCUGUUGGUGGUUCCAAACAGAAGAGCAUUGCUGAUGAAGGCAAAGAUGAUAGUGAGCAUCUUCCUGAACCAACAACACCGCUUGUUGCUCCUCCAGUUAUACCCCAGCAUAAGGUGUAUGCCAAAGAAUCUGUUUCCAACCAUGAGCAUGAUUCUCAUAUUAGAACGCAUGGGCUAUCAGCAGAUGUAUCCCAGAAAAAGAACAUUGCUGAUGGAGGCAAAGACCACUCACAGUUGGAUUACAUCGCCAUGGAGAAGCGUGAUUUCUUGAACUCAAAAUGUAAAUUUACUCGUUAUGGCAAUUCAAAAGAGAAAGAUCACUGCCUAAUGUGUAAUGGAGGUGAUCAAUUGUUGAUUUGUAGUAACAGUGAUUGCCCUUUUGUCUAUCAUGAAAGCUGCAUGGGUUCUAAAUUCAUCUCUUAUGUUGGCGGUGACUUUUACUGCCCCUUCUGCGCAUAUUCUCGGCAUCUCACAGAGUUUCUGGAAGUUGAGAAAGAAGAUUUGCAGAUAAGGAAGGACCUGUCUUUGUAUAUUUCUUUACUAGAAUCUUCUUCUUGAAGAAAGUGAUCAGAAUGAGCAGAAGAAAACGAAGGAAAUUAAAGUGAAGAUUUUGGAACAUGUAGUCAAUGUGCUUACAUUUUUGGAAUGUGAAGGGAAUCAACAAGUGCCACCCCUGCAUUUUUCAGAGCUUAGACAGAAGAAAUGAACUGCAAUAUGUAGAUUACACUUUGGUAUGAACUAGUGACAUUGAUUCCGAGUGAUCUUAAACAUUGAUGAUGAGUUGAUGAUUAUCCCUUACCAUCUGGUAGCCGGUAGCAUGUUCUACAAAUUGUCCUUGCGCUUUUCUGAUGCGAUCUGAACACCGGGCAAUACAUGACACAGAGAUGCUAAGUGUUUUUUGGUUAUCAACAUUUCCAAUUGUUACAGUCGAGAAUCUGUUUGUGUAGUCAUUUUCACUGUUUGUUUGGUUCACCUUCGCUGUGCGCUCAGAUGACUUCAAUGUACAGGUUUUGGAGUUGAUGUAAAAAUGUAUUCUGUUCAGAAUUUAGUACUUUCUUGAUACCGACGUUUUGGAGUUGAUAUAAAGCCAAAGCUGGAAUCUUGGUUGUUUCUUUUGCUCUACGAAUACAAACACUUGGGGAGGAAAUUGAAAUAACCCUGGUUGAUCAUGGAUUCAUGGAGCUCCAUGACUUGCAAACCGUGCUGAAUCUGACUAAAGUUUUGAUCGGCAACCAGAGCAGGAUUUCGCCAAUGAUCUCUUCAGGAAAAAGGAAGUCUGACAUCGCUAUAAUUGAAAAUUCUAGGGUUUUUGUUUUUCUGUACAAGCAUAAUUGUGUAAUACCAAAGGGAGAUUUCUUACGUGUCAAGCAUGUAACGUUUGGGCUUAAAGUUG